ACCAGUAGUACCUGUAGGCUCUGUAGGUUUUUCUAUAUACAACUGUAGACAGUCAUUUCAGAUUCGUGUUCUCUUUUCUCUCAUUCAGAUCUCUCCGGGGUUCAAUUUCCCAAUCUCCAUUUUCAUUUUGAUCCCAAAAAUAUCAGACCUCAAGAAGAGGAAGAAGAAGAAAGAAGGAGAGGAAUCUUACUCCGUCUGAUCUAAGUCAUCUCCAUCUCCCUCUCCGUCGUGACUUUACUGACAGUUUUCUCCUUCCUAUUGUGAUAAAGAGGAUUUUGGCUGAUCUGAAUCUGAUUCGGUUCUGGGGUCUUCGAUUCGGUGGCUCUGCAGUUGAUUGCUCUGUUCUUGUGCGGAUUCUGCUGUCCAUGUUCUAUUUGGAUCUGUUGUGGAGAAGAUCUAGAAGUUCAGUUGUGUUUUCGGGCAACUCGAACCCUAAAGUUGCAAUCUUUUAGCAUACAGUUUGAGCCCUGGAAUUGAGUUAUAGCUGUAGAUCUAGUUGGUUGCUCUCAGAAUCGUUCUAACUCGACCGAGUUAUACUCGUUGACCAGUGAAUUUUUCAUAAUGGAAACUCUUCUUGUUGUGGCGGAGCCUAAGAACCAGUACUACAACCGGGUCAAGCCACAUGGGCCUGCCCGAUACGGCCCGUCACCUUCGAAGGACUUCAGAGCGAUCAAUUGCCGGACUUUCCAAUCCGGCACAGGUAUACUCCCUACCCCAUCGAAGAAUUGCUCUACUCCUGUGUCCAAACGAGCAUGCUCUUCUUCUUCUAAGAUAACUACACCUAGUCCAAACAAGACACCUACCCCUAGUGUAGGUUCACAGUCUGAUAGUAAAACACUUGGUAAAAGCACCCCAAUUGCUAUCAAUGUCAAAAGCUCGAAGAAAGAAAAGCCUUUUAAUGGAAGUUUUUCAUUUUCUGAGCUCUGGGCUGGCCCUGCUUACUCCAACUCCCCCCCACCUAGUUCUCUGCCAAUACCCAAGUUUUCAAUCCGACCCAAGAGAACCGUGUCGCUUGAAUUGCCAAGCUCCGCUUCUGAUAUGGAAAUGCACCCAACUCGCCCAAUUGCCAAGUCUGCACCUGCAUCCCCAACUAGGGAGCAUAGCUCUUCUCCAAGAGACCUCUUUCAUAACGCUGACUCUGCGACCAGGACUCUGCGUCGCAUUCUGAAUCUUGAUGUUGACGAUGAAUGAAGAGCAGGGGAGCAGUAGGCUCCUGUAAAUAAGUUUAGAUUGUAUAUAGAGUGAAUAAAUUGGUUGGUAGUCCUGGGUUGUGAUGAGUGUGUUUAGUUUUCUGUGGUGGUGCUACAAUAGACAGUCUUGGUUGUGGUGGGUCAAUGAUCUCUGGAUGUUGGAUGUGAAGUUGGUCUGAGAGAUGAAUGCUUGUCUGGAAAAAUGGGCGUGGUAUGUGUACUGCGAGACUUAUGACAUGGAUGGAACUGACCCAAAAUUUUACGGAAGCAGAAGGGAAAAAGUCGUAGGCUUGUACUUUCGAAGUGGAUGGUUGCCUACAUUCUGGCAUGGGAUUGAGUAACUGGCUACUCUUUAUGGAAGCUGAGGGAAACUACAUUAUACUUGAAUAUUGAAGUUCUGACUUUAACUUUUCAAUGUAAUCUCCUGACAUAUCUGCUAAUUUUCGUUAUGCCUGUAGAGUUAGGUUUAGGUCUCUAGUUCCGGUUGCGGUUGUAUAUGCUUUAGAAAGUCAAGUGGUCUAUCCAUACAGAAUUCCUUAGGUUUCUUCUUCAUCUCUGCAACUUCGUUUCCUUGCAUUUAGAUUUAGUGCCCCUAUAAAUAGUCUUGACACUGGUUAGUCUCUUUGUUCCUUAGUUAAAUGUUGUUCCUAUUGGCUGCCUUAAUCUUCUUUCAUUGAAUCUCUUGCUUGGUCUGUUACUGUUAUGGCCCGAUUUGCCUUCAUACUCUAAACAUAACUUUCUUUACUUCUAAUGACAAUCUGACCCCUUUAACUACACUCUUAUCAAGGGUGUUCUCCCCCUUCACCAUCUUUUCUGGUUUUUAAGAAAGAAAAGAGGGAAGGGGCAGUGAUUGUUGUUCUUUCCUACUUCUGCUUUGUUGCUUCUUCAGUUCAUGGGGUUGGUCAAUCUGUGUUUCUGUGUUCUGUUUCAUGUCUUGAGUUGGAAUUACCUAUUAAUUCCUUGUUCUUGCAAAUGAAUGGUGCCGAUUGCGUUCUCACAUCGUUUUCAUCCUUGGAGAUUGUUGAUCUCGCCUGGCCUUCAACAAGGGUGCAAGUUGGAAAAUUAUUCAGGCGGUGGUUUCUUUAGCGGUUGAUAAUCUAAGUCCUUUUAUCUGUAAUAGUUCCUUGGACGAGGCAAAUGCAAUUCCAGUAUAUGGUCACCUGUGUCUAACAUUGCAUGAUGUCCGUGGGAAGCUGCGUGCUUUGUCUUGUGUACCAGGAUCAAUGGAGUCAAUAUGUUGUGUCGAGCAAAUAUUUGGUCUCCAUGUUUUAUUGUCUUUUUAAAUUUGAGUGUUAAGUCUGUUUGGUAUCGUCUAUCUGAACUUGAAUGAUAGUGUGUUUAUCUAUCAUCAUCUUUAGUUCUAUGUAAGUUAUACGUUAUGUUAUCUAUUUAAUUAUCAUGGUACGAUGUUUUGUUUUAUUGAUAUUGAGGUAUUGGGCCGUUUCAUGGAUUUCAUCAGCAAGAUGAUGAUGUUGGGAAACCUCGGAGUAGGCUUUUUAUUGUUGGGAUUUGAAACUUUGACAUUUUCUCCAAUGCAUCUCGCGGAGAAUUUCCAGGUCUAGUGCAGAGAAAGCUUCGAGAUUAAGAAGGCCAAAAAAGAUGCAGAUAAUUCCUGAUGGAAUAGGAAACUCCAAGAAGUUGCCUAACCUAUUCCACAUUUCAGUGAACAAAUGAUUAGCAAAUUCAAUAUCAAUAAACAAGUGGGUUUACGUGAAUAA